AUGCUUCGCGCCAAGUCCGUCAAAGCUGAGCCGGGCUACGCGCCCCCAGGGCACAAUGCCUCUCGUAAUAAGCAACCUUCAGGCAACAUUACCUUCCCCGUUCUUGACAGACUCGAGCAUGAGAAGGAUCCGAAGGUUUGGGAGAAACACAUCGAUAAGGCCUUGCCCAUCUUGGAGAGAUUGGAGCCUGUCUGCAAGAACAUCGCUGAAUCCACAAAGCUCAAUAUGGAGACGAGAUGUGUUGCUUCGAACUGGGUGCGGCAGAUUGCGACAGUCCGAAAGCGAGCUGUUCAAACAAACAAGAUCACCAUCGGAGUGUUUGGAAACACGGGCGAUGGCAAGAGUUCGACCAUCAAUGCCCUCUUGGGCGAGGCCAACCUGCUCCCGACAAAUUGCAUGCGCGCUUGCACCGCAUGUGUCACAGAGAUCUUUUACAAUGACGACGAUGACGAUGAAAACCCAUUCAAAGCAGAGAUAGACUUCGUGUCUCCUGACGAGUGGAUUCGCGAGAUCAAGACAUUUCUUGACGAUGUUGCUGCAAAAAAUGCUGCAGGCAAUCUUAACCUCGACGAUGAAGAUGACAACGAAGAGGUGGAGAGCAAUGACAGCGAUGAGGGCCAGGGUGAAGAAGACCUUGGCGGUGACGAUACUGAUCGCUCCGUUGCAAAGGCCAGAGCAGUAUACGCUAACAUGGACAACGAAGUUCUUCUGGAAAGCUCAGUGCAUGAUUUGAUGAGACAUCCGAAUGUCCAUGGAGUUCUGGGGAUGACCCAAACAUUCAAAGCCCAGAAGGCCGAAGAACUUCGUGAGAUGAUCGAAUGCUACAUCGACUCGACAGACAAGGACGACGUGGACGCAGUCGCAUACUGGCCCUUGGUUAAGGCUGUUAGAAUCUUCACUAAGGCAGAAGCACUGUCUAAUGGCGUGACGAUCGCAGACUUGCCUGGAACCCAUGACGCCGAUGCCGCUAGGUCAUCCAUGGCAAGGGAGUACAUGAGGUCUUGCGCCGGAAUCUGGAUCGUGGCUCCCAUCGACAGAGCCGUCGACAAUAAGGCAGCCAGGGAUUUGAUGAGCGACAAUUUCAAGUGUCAGCUCAACCUUGACGGAUCCUUCUCAUCAGUCACGUUCAUCUGUUCCAAGACAGACCACAUCAACCUCAAUGAUGCGAAAUCCCUCAAGCAGAAGCCGGAGAUAAAGAAUCUUGAGAACAAGAUUAAAAAGUUACAAACCAAGUCCAGAGGGACCAAUUCAUCUGCAAAUGAUUCGGACCUGGAGCAACCACGCAAGAAAACGAAGAUCUCUGAGCUUGAGGAAUGCAGAAAGCAGCUCGACAAUGUCAAGGACGAUCAUCACCAGCUUGUCGAGAGUGUUCGCGUGGCCUGCAUUGACAAGCGAAAUGAGCUUUCCCGCGAUACAUUGAAGAAUUAUUUCACCCGCGUUAUGAAAGAGGCCCGUCAACAGACUGCCAAUCGGAAGCAAGAUGCUGCAAAGGUCCGAAUCGACAACAAGAUCUCCAACAAUCUGCCUGUUUUCUGCACCAGCAGUCAUGCAUACCAGUCCAUGGAAGGAUUGUCUGAUGGUGCUACGGGGGAUGUUCCCGGUUUCAUGCAAAUUGAGGAUACUCAAAUUCCACAGCUCCAGCGCCAUGCACAAAGCCUUACCGAAGAGCUGCGUAUUGCAAAGCACAAGGAAGUACUCGUCGGCAUUUGCCAGAUCUUGAACUCUGUCUCUCUUUGGACGCAGAAUCAACCAGGCUCCUCUGCAGCGUUGGACAGAAACACACUGUCCUCAAUUUUGGAUAAGUUCGACAGGGAAAUGUCUUCAAUCACCAACGAUUGCAUCAACAAUCUUUGGAAGUCCAGGCACCAGCUCCUUAAGACCAUGAAUGUCGCCGCAGGCCAUGGUAGCGAGGAAGCGCCAACCUCUGUCGAAGGCUGGUUCAGCAUCUUCCAUUCGACGUUGAAGGCACUCUUCGUGCGGCGCGGUGUCUGGAGAACGCAGAACUUCAACGAAAAGCUCCUCGCGCCAUUCUCCACCAGGUACUUGCAUAAAUGGGCUGAUGUAUUUCACGAGGUUAUUCCCAGCGACCUCGAUGAGUUUCUUGUGAAAUCAUGGCAAGAACUCACGUUGACUCACAACAACAUCAUGGCCCAGAUUGGACAAGACGAGGACGAAGUCACGCAGAUCGGCGCACCGCUGCAGACCCAGCUGAAAAUUCAUCAGGAGGGCUUCAAGCGCGUCAAGGCCGAAGUCAUAACCAAGAUCAACAGUGCUCAAAAGCUGGCAAGCCGAAAGCCCAUGCAGGUUGUUGCCGAAUUCAUGAAUCCGGGCUAUGACAAUUGCCUCAAUGAGAAAGGAAAAGGAUCGAUGGCGCGCAUGAGAAAUGGGCUCGUGGACCAUGUCAUGUUGCGCAAGGGAGAAAUAUUCUCCAGCGUGGUUGACACCCCUGUGGAAAUUCUCGACGAGGCAAUUCGUGGGUCUGCAGAGUCAAUGAAGAGUCGUAACAGUGAGAUUGGACGCGCGGUUCGCAAUGACUACAUGGUUGCAUUGUCGAAGCGCGAGGAGUCCGCGCGUCACGAGGAAGCUAUCUUCAUGAAGAUGAUGGCAGGUGUUCUGGAGAUCGCGGAGCCGCUGCUGAGAUGA